CUACAUUAAUUCCACGCAAAAAUGCUGGCCUACAAGCCACUCGCCUGAGAAAGAAUACCUGAGAUACCUCUUUGACGAGCUACGAUUCAGCUCUUGCACUUUGCGACGUACCUAGUAUGGCAUUACCGCUAAUACGGGUGCGGCCACUGGGGACAGGUUUUAAAACCAUACGCGCGACUGUGGAAGCUCAAGUUGUGGCAUUAUUGGGGAAUUUGGAGGGAAAUGGAGUUGCUUAGACUUUCCAAAUUCAAGCUUCAGCUUCGUUCUCUAAUCACUGAAGUCCAAGAGCUCAAAGAGAGGGACAAUUGUAGCAGGGAACAACUAAAUCGUUUGAUUCAGAAACAAAAGCAAACGGAGGAAGAAUACAGUAGAAAGUUACAGGCAUUACAGGCAGAGUUAGUGUCUUCUGAGGAAUUGCGGCACAAACUUGAGAGGAAGGUCAAACAUCUUCAGGAAGGCAAUGCCUUACUGGAAAACAAGCAAAAGGAUUUGAAAGGAACCAUUGAUGGAUUGCUUCAAUCUAGGGAGAGUUUCAUUAGCCUGUAUGAGGAUUCUACUUGUGAAAUGAGACGAUCAAUUGAAACAAAAGAUAGAAAGCUUGCCGUUCUUUCAGAUAAGCUUCUUGCUCACUUGUUGUUAUUUGAAUCAAUAGAAAAGGAAGCUACUUCUGUCAAGCAACUAUUAGACAACGUGCAACAAGUUGUGGCUGAAAAAGAGGAAGUAGUGGGUGAAUUAAAGACAAAAUUGAACAAAGUUUCAGCAAUUCACAGAGAUUUUGUUGAAAAGAUUAGCUUCAUGGAAAAUAAGCUGAGGAUUAAUCAGGAUGAGCUUCGGAGAAAGGAUACAGUAAUUUCAGAAUUAGGAGGACAGCUUGAGGUGGCAAAUCUGAGUAACAACUUCCAGUCACAAAUUGAAGAACUUCAGAAAGCUCUAUCCUUGAAGGAAGACGUUAUACAGAACUUAAUGGCAGAGAAAAAGGCAUUGCAUUAUGAAGCACAGAGCACAGAGAUUAUCUUACAGAAGAUUCAGCAAAGUAUCAUGAACAUGAACGCUGAGGAUAAAAGGUUCUAUUCCUCAGUUCUUGAUGGCAAGGAAGAAUGUGCAGAAAUGGGCAAAAAGGAAAACAAUAGAACUGGGUAUAUGCUCCAAGAGAUUGUAGAAGAUUCUCCCUAUAAGGAUCCUGGGCAAAGAGCUGCUGAAAAUACAGCUUCACCUAUGGUUCGUGAGUGCAACUCAGAAAAUAACCCCUUGCAGGAGAACUGCAACUUUCAGUCCUGUUUUUCAGGGAAGUUUGCUUGUUCUCCACGUCAGUCAGCUUGCUCAGAUCCUCAAUCAACUGCUAAUGUUAUCGUUGUGAAACUAAAUGAAAAGAAGGCUAAUUGGGAAUCAUCGUUGCACCAGAUAGAUUCGGAGAACUCAACAACAUCAGAAAACCAGCACUAAGUUGUUGUAGUUUGUUAUCAUUAUUACAUAUCUCCAGUGCUAAGCUAUUGUUUAAUAUCAGAAUUUUCAUCUUUGGAUAAUGGAGUUGGGUAAAAACUAGCUAGAAAAUUCUCCUUUGA